UCAGCAAGAUUUCCCGAUUGUGAACCAAUCAUCAUUUGACCGAAAUGGCCUCUGAGGCUCUACAACAGCUCAUACUUGAUACUCUCGAGAGACAAGACACGAUAAAAGACACCAGGUCUUUAAUAUUUCCAAACCAAUCGGAGCCGGCUUCCUCUCAUGAUUCCCAGAUCACCAUUCUGGGUGCUCUCAAUUCCCUUCUCAGUCGAGAUAUGAUUAAGUAUGACAGCCACGAAGUCUUCUCGUACAUACUUUCCCCCGAGGGCGCGCAAAUUGCCAAAGAAGGAUCACAUGAAGCGCGGGUCUGGGCAGCACUUCCAGCAAAGGGUCAAGGUGCACCGAUGACCCCAGCUCAACUCAAGAAGGAAGUAGGAGAUGCCACUGCAAAAAUUGGACAAGGAAAUGCGUUUAAACAGAAAUGGAUUGCGAAAGAAGGUGAUGGCUUGGUUAAAGCAGUGGGAUCUAUCAAGGAUACGACCCAGCUAGACUUGCAAGAGGUAGAAUUGACCGGCGAUCUAAAAUCAGGUGAAAAGGUUCUUGCUGAUCUGCGGAAACGGAAACUUGUCGUCCAACGAAAAGGACAGUGGUUUACCGUGCACAAAGGUGUAAACUUCAGCACAUCAAUUGCAAAACCCGAAACUGAUCUGACCGCUGAAAUGAUUGCAUCCGGUACCUGGAAGACAUCGACGUUCAAGAAGUACAACUUCGAAGCUGAAGGUAUCCCACCUGCAGGCGGUGCUUUACACCCAUUACUCAAAGUGCGAGAAGAAAUUCGGAAUAUCUUUUUAGAAAUGGGUUUCGCUGAAAUGCCAACCUCAUCCUUUGUUGAAUCUGCCUUUUGGUGUUUCGAUGCGCUGUUUGUACCUCAGCAACACCCCGCGAGGGAUCUCCAGGACACCUUCUAUAUUUCCGAUCCCGUGAAAUCCCUUCCUCCGGAGCCCUCAUACUACAAGCGUGUUUCCACUGUCCAUGAACAUGGUGGUUACGGUUCCACUGGCUACCGUGCGCCUUGGUCACACGAAGAGUCUAGUAAACUUCUUUUGCGAACGCACACCACCGCAUCUUCCACGUUCAUGCUGUACAAACUCGCCGCUCGCUGUCGCGGAGAAGAGGUCGAAGGAGACGAAAAUGAGUUUACACAUGGGGCAAAGGCUACCACUAACCUUGGUGAAACUUCUGCAGACGAUGGUUUUCGACCUGCAAAGCUAUUCAGUAUCGAUCGGGUCUUCAGAAAUGAAACAAUGGACGCUACGCAUCUGGCCGAAUUCCAUCAAGUAGAAGGGGUCGUCGCGGACAGAGGACUGACUCUCGCUGACCUGAUCGGUUUCAUGAGAGUCUUUUUCAAAAAAAUGGGUAUAGAAAAAGUGCGCUUCAAACCAGCAUACAAUCCUUAUACAGAGCCUUCGCUCGAAAUCUUUGCAUUCCAUCCCAUGCUCAACAAAUGGGUCGAGGUCGGCAACAGUGGUAUGUUUCGCCCUGAAAUGCUGGAACCGAUGGGCUUCCCGAAGGAUGUGCGAGUACAUGGGUGGGGGUUGAGUCUGGAACGACCUACAAUGAUUCGCUAUGGAAUAAAUAACAUCCGGACGCUUCUGGGACACAAAGUAUCUAUCGAGGGUAUUGAAAACUCUGCGGCAGUCAUGUUUUGAG